AUGUCUGUUGUUAUCGUUUGGCGAAGUGACGUCCGAAGGACAGAGUUUGUUAAAGGCUCUGCAAAACAGAACCCCGAGAAAGACCUUGAGAUAAUACCAGCGAUACCAGAAACCGAAAGACCUCCGAAAAUACUUGAACCCUUACGUUCUCAAAUGCUUAUGCAAGGUACGUACUUAAGGCUUCGAUGUAAAGUAGACGCAUUUCCAAGUCCUAAAAUUAUUUGGAAAAGAAACGACAUUGACGUUACUAACUGGGCCUUCACAAGAAAUUUGUCUACAAGGGCAACGGCAGACGGAGUCGCUGAGUUAUGUAUCCCAUCAUGCCUUAUCAGUGACUCAGGUAUAUAUCAAUGCUACUUUGAGAAUAAACUUGGUACUGCAGAGACUGCCGCUUAUAUUGGUAUAGAAGAAGCAUUCCGCGAAGAAGAAGAGGAAGAAUAUAAAGAAGAAAUAAUUCAAGAAGUGGUAGUGCAGCCGAGAUUUUUGGAAACAAUAAAGAUUGACGUAACAGAGAAGAAGGCGACUUUGAUAUGUAAGUGCUCAGUGUCGGAUGUUACCGCCACUUGGUUUAAAGAUGGAAGAGUACUUGAACAGGAGGAGAAGUACGAGAUAAGAACCUCGUCCGAUGGCACUAUAACACUGUGCAUUAAUGAUAUUUCAACCACUGACCAAGGAUUAUAUGCCUGCCGAGUUGAAAACAAACAAGGUUUUGCUGAAACUUCGAGCAAUUUAACUGUAACCAAAGAUGAGCGUGAAACCAAUAUCCAAGAAGAAUUACUAGUUGAGGAACAGUCUGAUGAACUAGUCGGACCAUUACCUCCACUUGAAUACACCAAAAAGACAUACACAGACAUUUCAACUAGAGUACUGAAGAAGGAAGAAAGUGAAAGCUUAGAGAACUACAGUAAAACAGCAGAACUUAAAAAGGCAGAAGCACUGAACAACAUUUUAGAAGAGUAUAAGCUUCUCGUCAAAGUUGCUGAUAUUGUUGCUAAGAGGUUGGUUGCCAACUUUGUUAUUGAAGAGGCUGUGAAAGAGGCAGUGAGAAAAAUUGACGAGGAAUUUUUGAGCGAAGAAAGAGAAGUGACAGUAUAUUCUUCCGCCGUUGAAGAACCAUAUGUAGCACCAAAAAGAAGAGCUUAUAAUGGGCUUCAAGUACGUCAAAUUUUGAUAGCAGGUGUGGGGAGUCGGAGGGAGGGUCGAGGAGAAAGAAAGAAUUAUACGAUUAGUGUUCUUGAUUCUUACGAAAGACAGAGUAGGACGUUUGUAACGGACGUUCAAUUUUACACUGCGAAUGCCGAGAAUACCGUAGAGCUGGUAGCUGAAGUCAGCGGUGUUCCACAGCCGGCAGUGAAUUGGUACUUCGGGAAUGAAAAGAUAGAAAACACUAGCACUUCCGAAGUAGUUGUUAAAGACGACCGCUCAUUCUUAACGUUAAGGAAUGUUGGAAAAGCUAAUGAAGGGAUCUAUUAUUGUGAAGCCGAGAACAUAGCAGGCAAAUCAAAUAAAAUUUUUACUUUAACGGUUUUCUGUAAAUGGUUUUGUAAUAUAUACGUUUUAGUGGCAGCAAAUACUGUGAAUGUACCUUCGCGUAGGAAAUCUGUACAUGCGUUUAAGAAAACUGAAGCUGAAAUGAUGUCGCAAAUCGAAGUUAGACGGCCAAAAGAACUGUUUGAAACGUUGGCCAUAAUUUUCGAACCAGAAAUGAAAAAAUUAGGUUACGUUUGUAAAGCAUCAACCAGUAAGGUUCAAGAUGACUCAGUCAUUGUUACGCCAGAAUCGAUAUGCACGUACCUAACAGAAACUGUUGAGAAUUAUGCGCGUCUUACCGCCGAAGUGGAAAAGGAGGUCAAUCUAAACGUUAAUAUUCGAAAGCAAGAACCACGUUUUACAAACACAGUCAAAAUUUUCUGCACUGAAGACGCGCAUAUUUGUUUAUUCGACAAGGCAUCUCAUAUAACGCGCCAUGAAGAAGUUUUACAACCGUCAAACAUCAGCAUUUUAAGAAAAGAAAGGAAAGAGAUUGAGAGUUUUGAAAAACUCAACGUUACAGUAAUACUGGAGAAGGAUGCUGAAAAGUCUGAAAGUCAGAUUGUUUUUAGAGAUAUACAGAUUGCUUCCGGCGUAGCUGAUUUACUUACUCAAGAGACAAUCGAAAUACCAUAUGCUGUGGAUGAAGAUGAAGCUAGGGAUUCAAUUUUGGCUGUAAAGGGCGAAAGGGAAUCUCUGGUGGAGGCCGGUGUGGUUGUAAGGAAGCCGUCAUCACAUUUUGUGCAUACCACAACAGUGUUUGAACCAGAAACGAUUAAAUUUACUGUGAAUUUGGUUGCAGCUGCAAUAGUUGCAGAAAAGAUAGUAACGGUAGAUGUUCGUAUACACCGGCCAGAAACACAGGGGGCCACCACUGUUACACAGUACAGGAAAGGACUUAGCGAAGCUGUAGUGAAGCAAAAACUUUACAUUUUAGAGGAACCGACAACAACUAUAUCGGAAUCUGUAACUUUGAACAUCAAAAAGAUAAGGAAUGAAGCUACGAAAAGUGGUGAUGUAGUUUGCAGCCUAGUUACCGAGAUAUGGAAAACACCAAGUUUGGAGAAUGUGACUACAUUGGUUGUUGGAGUACCAAAAGAGUCUCGACAGCUUUCGUGUAUUGCAGUGGAAUCAAUAAAUGAGGCUACCAUUACUACCGUGCAUUUGAAAAAGAGAAGCAUUAAUGCUCACCAAACUGUUACUAUAAGUAUUGAAAAUUGUUAUUACGACUACUCUGUAUUCAAUGUUGCUUUACUUGGGAAACCUCUGCUGGCGGAAGAAUUUGCGGGAAGAGCAGUGGAAAAAGUGGUAAAAACAGAAAUUGUUGAGGAGAAAGCUGAAACAAGGGUAGCAAAUGCAUAUGUUGAAAUAGAUGCAGUAUGUCCAAACAAGAAAUCCGGACUGAACGUUAAAUUAGGAACAUCGAGAACUGCAACCGCAAGGCUACGUAUUAUCAGAACCGAGCUUGCAAAAUCAAUGGAAAAAUCCUUUUCCAUUUCGGAAUCUUCUUCUUUCAGUGCCUUACUGCAGCCACCAUAUUUCGUCAAAAAGUUAGAAAAUGCUUCCGUAACAACAGGUGAACAGCAUCAAUUCAAAUGCAUUGUAAGUGGAGUUCCAGCGCCAGAAAUUAAAUGGUAUGUGGAUGGAGAUGAGAUUCAUAACACUGACGCUUAUGAAACAGUGUAUGAAGAUGGAGUUUGUUUAUUACGCAUAAAGCAGAUUAUUGCGGAAGAUGAAGGAGAGUACACGUGUGAAGCAACUAAUGAGGCUGGAAAAGCGUUUACGAAGUGCUUCCUUACUACGACCAAAAAACUUCCGCUGAUGAUGGUUUUAAACCAUUGGGUUGACGAAGAGAAAACUCUCGUUUCGGCAAGAUUAACAGUGUUUGAAUAUGCCUUCAGUAUGUAG